AAGCCAAAACGGGCGCACUAGCAUGCACAAAUUCACAAAUACCACCUCGCGAUCGUAGGACUUGCAAACAAAAUUUGUGAAUAAGGACUGACACAUUACCAGGAAGCGAUUCGCCUUGUCCCACGAUGUCGGACAGCUCAGUGACCGCAACCGCGUCCGCGACCUCGCCUUCAAAGUCGAGCCUCAGCGACUUGCGACAGUUUCGCAUCAACAAGAGUGCUUCUUCUGUCGCCGCGAGUCCUGCGAAAACUGAGCGAGUGCCUGGCAAGAAGCGCAUCCAGGUGAUGGCGGAUAGUGACAGCGAUGGCAACGACUCCCAGACACCCAAGAAAAUCAAAUAUGAGCUAACCGUCAAGGAAAAGGAGGAACGGUACAUGGCCGCGGCCAAGAUUUCACCGCAAUACGAUACAAUGGCCAUCCAGGAGUCACUGUCUCGUACGAAUUGGGAUGUGGCCGCCUCUGUGCGGUAUCUUAGGGAGAACUGCAAGCCCAAGGGACAGAAUGGUCCGCUGGUCAAGCCAAAGCUGAAGCCCAGCUCGAACGGGACCAGUGGGACUUCACAAGGUCAUUUUUCGGAUAACGAUCACUCAGAUGACGAGGAUGUGAAGCAGUCCAAGGAUCAGGUCUACGACAGCGAUGACAGCGACUCCGAGAUGUCCACCAAGAUGACGGGGCAGCGCAAAAAAGUGUUCCAAUUCAUGAACGAGGCUUCACUCAUUGAGCUACAGUCGGUUAAGACACUGUCCGAGAAGAAAGCAUUAGCCAUCAUAGAAGUGCGACCUUUUGCGGAUUGGGCCGGACUGCGCAAGAAACUGGAGAGCAUAAGGAUGUCGGGAGAUCUUCUGAACUACGCCCAGGAGCUGAUCAACAAACAGAACACCGUGGCAAACAUUCUAAGCAAGUGCAACAACAUGGUGUCGCGUUUGGAGAAGGCGAUUUCCAAUGGUGCUGGCAUUGUAGAGCAGCCUAAGCUCCUUAACAGCGGCUUUCAGCUGGCUGACUACCAGAUCAUAGGGCUGAAUUGGCUCACAGUGAUGCACAAACAGGAAAUGAAUGGCAUUUUGGCGGACGAAAUGGGUCUGGGCAAGACAAUUCAGGUGAUUGCAUUUCUGGCUUACCUAAAGGAGAAUGGUCUCAGUCAAGCGGCCCAUUUGAUUGUGGUUCCUUCGUCCACGCUGGACAAUUGGGAGGCGGAGAUUACCCGUUGGUGUCCAAAACUGGUGGUGGAAAAGUAUCACGGCUCGCAGGACGAGCGGCGGAGAAUGCGGGGUCGCUUUGCCAAGGAUGGCUUCACUGGCUUUGAUGUUCUACUGACCACUUAUCACAUUGUUGGAUCCACUCCAGAGGAAAGGAAAAUGUUCCGGGUUUGCAAAUUGGACUAUGUCAUCUUCGAUGAAGCACACAUGCUGAAGAACAUGACUACGCAACGAUAUGCCAACCUUAUAACGAUCAAUGCCAGGAUGCGUAUCCUGCUAACUGGAACUCCCCUGCAGAAUAAUCUUCUAGAGCUGAUUUCCCUUCUGUGUUUCGUGAUGCCCAAGUUCUUUGCAAAGAGUAUCGAAGACAUAAAAUCGUUGUUCGCCAAGAAAGGAAAAACCGACGGUGAUCAGGAAGAAGUUUCACAGUUCCAGGAAACGCAAAUCGAGAGAGCCAAACGCAUCAUGAAGCCAUUUGUCCUAAGGCGCCUUAAAAAAGAUGUCCUAAAAAACCUGCCCAAGAAGCUAAGUCUUGUGGAAAAAGUAUCCAUGAGCCCGCAACAAAAGCAUUACUAUCACGAAUUGGUCGACUAUUAUUCCAACAACAAGGGCGAGGUGUGCAGCAGCAGUGAUCGUGCUGGCAUAGCGAUCAUGAUGGAGAUGCGUCGCAUUGCCAACCAUCCGCUGCUAAUGCGUCACUAUUUCACUGAUGAGAAUCUGCGUAAAUUCUCCAAACGCCUGGCCAAUGCCAGUUCCUACAAGAAGACAAACGAACAAUAUAUUUUUGAGGAGCUGGCCGUCAUGUCAGAUUUUCAAGUUUAUCAGAUGUGUAACAAGCAUGAGUUUUACGACGUGAAGAUACCCGACGAGUUGAUCUGCGAUUCCGGGAAGUUCAUGUACCUGGACACGCUGCUUCCAAAGUUGAAGGCAGAGGGUCACCGUGUGCUGCUCUUCAGCCAGUUCACCAUGAUGCUGGACAUUGUGGAGGAGUAUUUGCGGAUACGAAAAUUCGGUUUCUGCCGCCUGGACGGUGCGACCGCCGUGAAUGUCCGCCAGGACUUGAUCACCGACUUCAAUGGGGACGACAGCAUCUUCGUGUUUCUGCUUUCCACCAAGGCGGGAGGUGUUGGCAUCAACCUGACGGCUGCCGACACCUGUAUCAUUCAUGAUAUUGACUUCAAUCCGUAUAACGAUAAGCAGGCAGAGGAUCGGUGUCAUCGCAUGGGACAGCAGCGUCCGGUGACCAUCUACCGGCUCAUAUCCGAAAGUACUAUUGAGGAGGGCAUCCUUAUGGCCGCCGAAGAGAAGCUAAAGCUGGAAAAGGACAUCACGUCCAACGAGAAGGGCGAAGUGCAUGAGCAGCGAUGUGUCGUUAAGCUGUUGACCACGGCCCUGGGAUUGGAUAAGGAUCAGGAGGAGCAGCUAAACAACUCACUGAACAACUCUAUAGCCUCGCCCGCCAAGUAGACUUACUCGUUGCCGUCGUUCUCGUCCUUGUCUCCCCACCACCGUAUUUAUUCUCCAUCAGCAUUUGAUCUACAACCGCUGGCUAAUUAUUGUGUUUAAAUCUUUUUUGAGUAAUUUUACCGAUCAAUAUUGUAUUUAUAUAUUUUACUUAACUUGUUGUGUGCAACGUGAGAACGUGAGAUGUGGCGGGAUAUUGGCCGAAAGUGGAUCAUAAAUUGAGUUAGUAAUUUGUCAACGAUAAGGCGACAAUUUUUUCUUUUUUUUACUAGUAACAAAUAACAUUUCCACGAUAAACCAAGGCAAACAAGUUUAUUUUCUUGUUUUAUUGAUUUGUCAUCUUGAAUAUGUAGUUGUCCUUUCUGAUUAUGUAUUGAAUUGAACCUCUUGUUAUAAGGAUAAAGAUCAAUUGUGUACGAAGCGCUAUUGUUAACCUUUUUCAAUUUGCUGUUCGGGAAACUCGACAACCCGCAACGGAUUGCUCUCGCAUUUUCCCACGAGUUUCAUUCGUUUGUAUAUUCAAAAAGAGAGCUGAAGAACCGAGAGAGCACAACUGUUUUCAAGAGCUUUCGGCACCGAUCGCGGCGAGGCGAUUCAUCAAGUCUUUAGUCUUCAACUGAUCGCUCGCGCCGAUGAUUUAAUUUUUAAGUUAAAGCCUGCGCCCAAGUGUAGCAGCCAAGCAGCGUUACUCACAUCCAUACAUACGUGCGAAUAUACAUGCCUACAUAAUACGGCGUACAUCGAUAAAUAGAUAUACCCCGCAGAUAUAGUGUCUCGAUCGACAGCAACGAACCCAUGAAAACCUAAAUGUGAGUAAUCCGAACAAUAAAACUAUUUAGCGAGCGAUCUGCAUUAAAAGAGAGAGA